UUGAGUGAGAGAGAGUGAGUCAAAAACAGAAAGCCACAAAGAAACCACCAUUUUUAGGACCAGAAGAAAUACGCGUGCUCAAUAAGCCAAAAUUCUUCUUCUUCAUCAUCUUCAACCUUUUCUAGAUCUUCACACACAGUCACACAGUGACCUUCUUCAGAUCUCACACAUUCGCAUAUUUUCUUUUCUGGGUUGUGACCAAGAAUUCAAGCUUUUCACAGAUUUAUUUUGCCUUUUUUCAACAACCCCAUUUCGUUUUUCUCCAGAUCUGAUGAAAAUGAGCUGAUUUUUGACGCCCCUUUAGUUUAAUAUACUAGAAUAUUUAUUUAUAUUAGUAGAUAGUAACAUUUUCUGAUUGAUUUUUUUCUUCACUAAGUGAUCAAGAAAUGCAAUCGGGAAAUGCUGCGGUGGCGGUGCCGGAGAAAAUGAACGGCAAUGGAGUAGGAGGAGAGGCGGUGGCGGUGGCACUGCCGCGACAGCAUCAGCAUCAACAGCAAUGGUUUCAUCCCCAGCAAGUGGAUGAGAGGGACGGGUUUAUAUCGUGGUUAAGAGGGGAAUUUGCAGCAUCAAAUGCUAUAAUUGAUGCGUUGUGUCAUCAUCUUAGGUUAGUAGGGGAACCUGGUGAGUAUGAUGGAGUGAUUGGGUGUGUACAACAAAGGAGAGCUAAUUGGAAUAGUGUGCUCCAUAUGCAGCAGUACCAUUCAGUGGCUGAGGUGAUCUAUUCAUUACACCAGGUGGAAUGGAUGAAGCAGCAAAAGGGUUUUGAUGGAGGGGUUAAGAAGUUGGAAAAGAGGAAUGGGUCUAGAGGAGGAGGAGGGGGUUGGAAAAGUGAGGGAUUGAAAGAUGGAAAAGAGAGUCAGGGUCAGAAUUUUUCUUUGGAUGCUCACAGUAAAACCAAUGGGGUUGAAAAGAUUGAUGUUGUAGAAGUGAAGCAAGGGGAGAAGAAAGAAUUGGCUGCAAACCCAGAAGCAAAUAGCUCAGUGAAGAGUUCAGUUUGCACAGAAGCUGGCGACUCACAAGGUGAAGUAGACAAAACUGAUGAUAAACGUGAUUCAAACUCUGAAGGGUCUUCUAAUGUGGAGAGCGAAUCCCAUUCCAUCCAAGUACCAACUGAGAAGCAGAAUGUUGUACCAAAAACUUUUGUUGCUACAGAGAUAUACGAUGGAAAACCGGUUAAUGUUGUUGAUGGCAUGAAACUUUACGAAGAAUUGCUUAGCAGUUCAGAAGUGUCAAAACUGGUUACUUUGGUAAAUGAUUUGAGAGCUGCUGGUAGAAGAGGACAGCUUCCUGCACAGGCAUUUAUAGUCUCAAAGAGACCUAUGAAGGGGCAUGGAAGGGAGAUGGUCCAGUUGGGCCUUCCCAUUGUAGAUGCACCUCCCGAGGAAGAAACCGCCAUUUCAACAUAUAAAGACCGGAAAACGGAAGCAAUACCUGGCCUGUUCCAAGAUGUUAUUGAUCGACUGAGUGCUAUGGAAGCAUUGUCCGUGAAGCCGGAUGCUUGCGUUAUUGAUAUCUUCAAUGAGGGGGACCACUCACAGCCUCAUUUAUGGCCUUAUUGGUACGGACGACCAAUAUCUAUGCUGUUCUUGACAGACUGUGAAAUGACUUUUGGUAAGGUGAUUGGUGUGGAUCAUCCAGGCGAUUAUCGAGGCUCUCUCAAACUGUCUCUUGCACCAGGGUCUGUACUUGUAAUGCAGGGAAGAUCAACUGAAUUUGCGAAAUAUGCAAUUCCAUCCAUCCGGAAGCAGCGAAUACUCGUUACUUUUACAAAGUUACAGCUGAGAAGAAUCAAGUCUGGUGAUAGUCAACGUUUCCCUUCAUCAGCAGGAGGUCCCGUCUCCCAGUGGGUUCCUCCUAGCAGGUCACCAAAUCAUAUACGUCGUCCUUUUGGGCCCAAGCAUUAUGGUUCCAUGCCAACAACUGGUGUAUUACCUAUUCCAGGUGUUCGUCCGCAGUUUGCUCCUGCAAAUAUGCAGCCAAUUUUUGUUCCCGCCACGGUUGCACCAGCUAUGCCUUUUCCAGCACCAGUUGCCCUUCCACCUGCCUCAGCUGGAUGGGCCGUACCUCCUCUUAGGCAUCCCCCACCGCGACUGCCACUCCCUGGCACUGGCGUUUUCCUUCCUCCAGGCUCUGGAACAUCAUCCACUGACAACAUUCCUGCUGAAAAUGCUGGUCCUCUUAGUGAUUCAACUGUUUCUCAGAAAGUCAAUUCAGGUAGUAGUGAAGUACAAACACAAGAGUGCAAUGGAAAGGCAGAUGUUAGUGAUGCAGAGAUACCAGUGGCUUAUGAAGAACGACACUAACGUGCUGAUUUCAGCAGUGCAGAAACCAAGGUGGAAAAAUGGUAAAUGCAUCGUUGGAGCAGAAGGUUUACACUACAAACUGCAGUGAGUUUGAAGAAAAUGUAAAGAGCAGAGCAGCAAUUGUUCAGAGUUAUACUUCCAGCAGAGCAAGGGAAGGAGAGUUAUCUCUUCUUCAUGCUCUUCUUUUUUGUUGUCUUGUCAAACAUAAUUAUACAUAUAUAUAUCUUAUAUUAGAUGAGGAAAACUUAGUUACAAAACUUUAUUGUAGCUUCACAGAAAAAUUUCAACUCAUUAUAUAGAAGUAAUGAGUAGUAGUAUUUCUCUUCUCAUAU